CUGAUAUUAUUUCAACGGUUGAAUUUAAUUACUCUGGUGAUCUGCUUGCAACAGGAGACAAAGGUGGCAGAGUGGUUAUAUUUCAAAGGGAACAAGAGAAUAAAAGCCGUCCUCAUUCUAGGGGAGAAUAUAAUGUUUACAGUACCUUUCAGAGUCAUGAACCUGAGUUUGACUACUUGAAAAGUCUAGAAAUUGAGGAAAAAAUUAAUAAAAUUAGGUGGUUACCACAACAGAACGCUGCUCAUUUCCUGCUGUCUACAAAUGAUAAAACUAUUAAAUUAUGGAAAAUAAGUGAAAGGGACAAAAGAGCCGAAGGUUAUAAUUUAAAAGAUGAAGAUGGAAGACUUAGGGAUCCUUUCAGAAUCACAGCACUACGGGUGCCAAUACUGAAACCCAUGGACCUAAUGGUAGAAGCAAGUCCCAGAAGGAUAUUUGCAAAUGCACAUACUUACCACAUAAACUCUAUUUCAGUAAAUAGUGAUCAUGAAACGUACCUGUCUGCAGAUGACCUAAGAAUUAACCUAUGGCAUUUAGAAAUCACAGAUAGAAGUUUUAAUAUAGUAGAUAUUAAGCCUGCCAACAUGGAGGAGCUGACGGAGGUGAUCACGGCCGCGGAGUUCCACCCUCACCACUGCAACGUCUUUGUGUACAGCAGCAGCAAGGGCACCAUCCGGCUCUGCGACAUGCGCUCCUCCGCGCUCUGCGACAGGCACUCCAAAUUUUUUGAAGAACCCGAGGAUCCUAGCAGCAGAUCAUUUUUUUCAGAAAUAAUCUCCUCGAUAUCGGAUGUCAAAUUCAGCCACAGUGGCCGAUACAUGAUGACGAGAGAUUACCUUUCUGUGAAAGUCUGGGAUCUCAACAUGGAAAACAGGCCUGUAGAGACGUAUCAAGUUCACGAGUAUCUCCGAAGCAAGCUCUGUUCCCUCUACGAGAACGACUGCAUCUUUGACAAGUUUGAGUGCUGCUGGAACGGUUCUGAUAGCGCGAUCAUGACCGGCUCCUACAACAACUUCUUCCGGAUGUUUGACCGCAGCACGCGCCGGGACAUCACCCUGGAGGCGUCCCGCGAGAGCAGCAAGCCCCGCGCCAUCCUCAAGCCGCGCAAGGUGUGCACGGGCGGCAAGAGGAAGAAGGACGAGAUCAGCGUCGACAGCCUGGACUUCAACAAGAAGAUCCUGCACACGGCGUGGCACCCCGUGGAGAACAUCAUCGCCGUAGCCGCCACCAAUAACUUGUAUAUAUUCCAGGACAAAAUUAACUAA